CUUACUUACGAAAAAUGGCGCUGACGAAUAACGUCCGGUCGAUAAAAAGAAAAACAGAAAAUUACAAUGCAUAUGACUAACUUAAUGUUUGUCAUGUACUGAAUCACAGAAAUUUCGACACAAGUUUAUUUUUGCUUCAAGUAUUUACAUUUUUCUACAUUUGGAGUGGACGGAAUUGUUUGAAAAACCCAGCAGAUUUUCUUACGAUGGCCGUCACACCAACAGGAAAAGGCACGUCCUACCAAUAUGAUUCUCAAGGUAGUUUUGACUGGAAUGAAUAUCUGAAAGAAAAUGAUUGUGUACCUGCUCCACAGUCUUGUUUCAAACAGUCUGUAGAUCCACCAGUCAAUGAGUUCAAACUGAACCAGAAGAUUGAGGCAGUGGACCCGCGUAAUCUGACCUCGAUAUGUGUGGCUACCGUGGUGGGUAUGAUUGGCCCUCGGAUACGACUGAGGCUGGACGGAAGUGACAAUACUAAUGAUUUUUGGAGGCUCGUAGAUUCCUCAGACCUUCAUCCCGUGGGAUAUUGUGAAAAGACAGGGAAACUUUUACAGCCACCCCUAGGUUUCUGUAAGAACCCAACACUGUGGCCCUCAUUUCUUCAGAAGACAUUACUAGGGGCAGAAAGAGCUCCAGAAAACUGUUUCAAAAAAGAGCCCUCCACACCCAAAACAAAUGAUUUCAAGGUAGGUAUGAAGCUAGAGGCAGUAGACAGGAAGAAUCCACAGUUAAUCUGCCCCGCCACAAUCGGGGCUGUCAAAGGAGAGGAGGUCCAUGUCACGUUUGAUGGCUGGAGGGGUGCUUUUGAUUACUGGACCAAGCGUGAUUCCCGGGAUCUGUUUCCUGUGGGAUGGUGUUCUACAAGUGGUCAUCCCCUUCAACCUCCAGGGCAGAAAGGUACACCCCAGGUGAAGAGUAAAUCCCGUGAACCCUCUGUGUCACAGUCCGCCCACUCCCCAGGGAAUCAGAGCAGCACGUCCAAAUCCUCCACCUCCUCUUCUGGUCCCACCAGUCCGAACCUCCCCCACGACAGAUCUGUGUCCCCCCUCCAGGCAGAGUUCCCUGUGGUCACUGUCACUGAGCCAGAUACGAGCUCCUCCACCACAGCAACAGAUAAAGUAACAAUUUAUGUGAAUCACAACUGUAGCUGUGGUAUCUUACUAAAUCCAAGGAAGAUAGAGCAGCUUCCGAAUCAGUAUGGACCAGGUCCCUAUCAGAAGGUUCUAAGGGAGGUAAUUCAGGCAUGUGUGGAUUGUGCAAAUCAUGAAAAACAGGUGUACAACUUUAUCCAGGACGGCAAUGGCAAAAUAGUCAUUACAGCAAACCAAGGCAAUAAGACACACACAAAGAGACUUCCUCCUAUAGACAAGGUGUCGGAUGUCUGGCGAUUUCUGGAAAAGUCCCUGGAGGAGCUCGGAUGUUGUGAGAAUCUCUUCGCCAGUCAGCCAUUACAUGGAUUCUGUGCUCAGUGUAACAAGGAGAAGAAGACAGGUAGUGAUUUUAAGAAACCUCUGGAGUCUGAAGAAUACGAAAACAGAACGUCCAUCAACAGAGCUCUAAAGAGGAGAUGGUCUACAGACUCAGUAGAAAAUCAGUCCCUGAAGGCUCAGCAGAAAAUCAGGAGGUUCUCAGCUUAUGACUCUGCUGAAGCAAGUUCUACUACGGACAGCCGGCCCCCUCGUAAGCUGUCCGCUGACCCCAAUGACUGGACAAUAGAUGAUGUUGUCCAGUAUAUCUCAGAAGUGGACUCAACUCUGGCCUCACACUCAGAAGUGUUCAGGAAACAUGAAAUUGAUGGAGGCGCUUUCAUGCUGUUAAACAGUGACAUGAUGAUGAAAUAUCUGGGAUUGAAACUGGGACCAGUAUUGAAACUCAGCAACAUCAUUGAAAAGCUGAAGGGAAAAAAGAGUUCUCACUAGUCAAGAAUUCCACGUGUGCACCAGGGAAAAGAUCAACGGAAAGAAAUAUUCCCACUAGUCCAGGAUUCCAGGCCACCAGAAGAUGUUCUGAAAAAUGUGUGACAUCAUGAUAUGUAAUUUGUGUAAAACGUGUUUUAAUAAAUGUGUGAUGUCAUAAUGUGUAAUUUGUGUAAUACAUGUACUUUUUCUUGUGGUCGUCAUUUUUUGGUGUAUUAUGAAAUGAGGCAUGUAAAUAGUGUAUGUAAUUUUGUGAUAAAAACUGACAAAGAACAAUUUGUUGUUCAAACUAUCAAUUAGUUAUUAUAAUAGUAUCUGUAUAUAUAAGCUUUUCAUUUUAUGUAUUUAUGCACAUCAUUCAUGUAUCCAUUAUUUGA